GCACUUGCUCAGGAAAUUGCUUGCUGUAUGGGCAUGGAGCUCGGAAAGGUCGACAUAAAGAGGUUUGCGGAUGGAGAGAUAUAUGUGCAGCUGCAAGAGAGUGUUAGGGGAUGUGACGUCUAUUUAGUGCAGCCUACUUGCUCUCCUUCCAAUGAGCAUCUGAUGGAGCUCAUGAUUUUGAUAGAUGCUUGCCGAAGAGCAUCUGCCAAGGAAGUCACAGCCGUGAUUCCAUAUUUUGGAUAUGCUCGAGCUGACAGGAAGACACAAGGGCGUGAAUCCAUUGCUGCCAAACUGGUUGCUAACCUUAUCACCGAAGCUGGUGCGGAUCGAAUUCUUGCUUGUGAUCUUCAUUCAGGCCAGUCCAUGGGUUACUUUGACAUUCCCGUGGACCAUGUGCAAUGUCAGCCGGUGAUACUUGAUUAUCUUGCAAGCAAGUCAAUUUCCUCGGGAGACUUAGUGGUGGUCUCCCCCGAUGUUGGAGGGGUUGCCAGGGCACGUGCGUUUGCAAAGAAACUAUCAGAUGCUCCCCUUGCCAUUGUUGAUAAAAGGCGCCAUGGUCACAAUGUUGCCGAGGUCAUGAAUCUGAUUGGUGAUGUAAGAGGAAAGGUGGCAGUCAUGGUGGAUGACAUGAUUGACACCGCGGGAACAAUAGUGAAAGGAGCAGCGCUUUUGCACGAGGAGGGGGCAAGAGAUGUCUAUGCGUGCUGCACCCACGCCGUUUUCAGUCCGCCGGCGAUAGAGAGAUUAUCGGGGGGAUUGCUUCAAGAAGUGAUAGUGACGAACACUCUCCCGGUGGCGGAGAAGAAUUACUUCCCGCAGUUAACGAUUUUAUCGGUGGCUAAUCUCCUGGGAGAGACCAUUUGGCGUGUCCAUGAUGAUAGCUCCGUCAGUAGCAUUUAUCUCUGACCCACAUUUUUUCGGCUCGGCAGCUUCUCUUGC